GUACCCUCUAACUAAAUAUGGAUUAGCUGCCGCUGUGGCCCGCUACCUAAAUCCAACCGAUGCCAGAAGCCGAGAUCCAUCAAACUCUGGCUUAUCAAAGGGUGGAUUUCGAGAACGGGUCUCUUGUUGUUCUUUGUUUAUUGCUGUGGACACGCUUCGCAAGCUUUCGGUUAUUAUCAUACUUCCGCGAGAUGGUUCAGCAGAAAUCCAUGUCUGUUGCACAGAAAGUGUAAUGGCAAAGGAUUCUCAAGCAGCUCCGACCGGUCACGGUAAACAACUUUCUUCUAAAAGUACCUGUCAGCUUAUACAUGCCAUGUACAAAGUUGUAUAACGUUGUGCAGACGUCGGAGAAUAUCACGCCUAAGCGAGCCAUUUAUACUAUAUUUUAGCCGGUCUGGACUAGGGAUAAGAGUUGUGGCACCCUGUCCACUCUCGGCGUUCGUCGAGUUGGUGUGGAACGUCAGACUUGCGGCCGAAAGAGCCACUCUCCAAUCAUUGUCACCAGAUCGCCAGGCGACGGGAGCACACACCCCGGUCACGCCGGCUACCAGUAACCCAUGUCACUGACAGGGCUUUCCCUUGCCCAUGCCUUUGCCGCCGAGCUCAGGCUUCGACAGUUACAAAAAUGUGAUGCAAUUGUUUUUCCGUUUCUGGAUCCGAUGCCAAUUUUUCCCAUUCACGCUCUAUCUUUUCUUAUUCUUACUGUAGGGGGUUUACGGCCAUUCUAUAUUAUUUUUCUUCCUCCGCAAACUCCAACGUUUCCACCACUCUGUAACAAUGGCGGAAAAGGACGAAUUUGAAGAUGCGGUUCCUCCCCAAUUACCGUUAUGGCGCCUAGUUAUCGACCAAGCUCGAGUCACGCCCGAGGUGCUCAACUACCCAUACCGCGGUUCCGGCACAACUGAAGACCCUUAUAUUGUCACAUACAUUCCCAAUGAUCCAGGCAAUCCAUUCACCUGGACGUCGAAGCGGCGAUGGGCAAUCAGUUGGAUUGUGGCGACGGAAAUCCUAGCGACGGCGUUCGCUUCCAGUGCGUUCAGCGGGACGAUUCGCGAGCUUAUUAUCGAUUUUCAUGCCAGCACCGAGUUGAUCACGGCGGGCAUUUCACUGUUUGUUCUCGGGUUCGCCCUGGGUCCUUUGCUCUGGGCUCCUCUGUCUGAAAUCUACGGUCGACAAAUCAUCUUCUUCAUUACUUUCGGGGUGUUUACGGCUUUCAAUGGCGGCUGCGCCGGUGCCAACAGCAUUGGGACUUUGUUGGUGCUGCGUUUCUUUGCCGGUGCUUUCGGCUCGUCGCCCUUCACCAACGCCGGUGGUGUCAUUGCCGACAUUUUUCCCGCCUCGGAAAGAGGACUGGCAAUGGGUAUUUUCUCGCUCGCUCCCAGUAUGGGUCCGACACUUGGGCCUUUCUGUUCUGGAUUCCUGGGUGAAAACGAGGGCUGGCAAUGGGUUAUGGGGUUGUUGACCAUUUUCUCCGGUGUGCUUUGGAUCGCGGGCGCUCUGUUUGUGCCGGAAACCUAUGCGCCUGUCAUCCUGCGCAAGCGGGUAGACAAAUUAUCCCAGAUGACCGGGAAGGUGUAUACUUUGGAAGCAGACAAAGAAAAGGGUCGGCCGUCAGUCAAAUCGCUGCUGCCGACGGCUCUGAUCCGGCCGUGGAUUUUGUUGUUUUUGGAACCGAUUGUUUUGUUGUUGUCUCUUUACAUUGCCAUUGUCUACGGCACACUUUAUCUCAUGUUCGGCGCCUACCCGAUCGUCUUCCAACAACACCGAGGCUGGUCCGAAGGUAUCGGUGGUCUCCCAUUCAUCGGAGUAGCCGUCGGAAUGGUAGCAGGCAUCAUCUUCUCCGGCUACACCAACAAAUGGUACAUCAGGGAAGCCGAGAAGCAUGGAGGCGUAGCGCCCGCGGAAGCACGACUCCCUCCCGCAUUCUACGGUGCGGUCGCCAUCCCCAUCGGCCUGUUCUGGUUCGCCUGGACAAACUACACCUCGAUCCACUGGAUUUCUCCCGUCAUGGCAGGGGCACCAUUCGGAUUCGGAUUCACCAUCAUCUUUUUGGUCGUCACCAACUACCUGAUCGACUCGUAUACGAUUUUUGCAGCGUCAGUUCUCGCGGCCAACACUGUCCUCCGGUCGUUAUUUGGUGCCGCCUUCCCCCUGUUCACUCCAGACAUGUUUGACACUCUAGGCAUCCACUGGGGCGCAUCGAUCCCGGCCUUCUUGGCGCUGGCAUGUGUGCCCUUCCCGUUUAUUUUUUACAAGUACGGCGCCCAGAUUCGCGCCCGGUGCGUCUACGCCGCGCAGGCUGAAGCCGCCAUGGCCGAGUUGCGCGCAAGAGCUGCCCGGGCGGCUGAAGGUGGAGUGGAAGAGAGCGUGUCUGAAAAGGAAGAGGAGGGAACUACUCCAGGCGAAGGUGAAGAAGGUGCAGAAGCACGCUUCGAACCUAUCAGACCGACUAGGACAAAUGCCUCUGUCGAUCGUGCUUCCAUGAGAGGCGGCUUGACUAGAAUCAAGUCCCGCUCCGGCAGUAUCAGCGAGGCCGCCGGCUAUGACUUCAGUCCCUUCGAUAUCGAUCGUGUUAAUACCCAGAACUCGAUUGCUGGUUUGGAUCUGUCGAGGACGAGAACGUCGCUUGAACGGUCGAGGACGCAUCGGUCGAUCGAGCGUACGAGAACUUCUGAGCGAUGAUCUGGAUCUGUUUUGCAACAAAAGGAGCGUUCGUGUUGAGAUGGGUGAUUGGUUUUCCAAGAUCUUGGAUUCGGACGUAUUACUGUACUGUACUGUACAUUUAUUUCUAAUGUAAUUCAUUAUUGCUCGUCACUUUUAUUUAUGGCCGCCAGGUGAUGAGCAAGGAGUGAGAGUGCGAUGAUCUGAUAUGAUCCAUGCAUGAAUGGGACGGUGCACUGUGUUUGAAAAGAUAAUAGACUUUCAUUUCUCUUAUUGGUCUUCCGAUCCAUAAAUAAAUCACCAGAGAAACAUUAGCAAAACCCAAUAUACUCCUUGUUGUCCG